GUUAGCUGGGGAUUGUUGGGUCUACCACAGUUUAGAUCUGGUACGUGACGUACGUGGUACGCGAGGCGAGGUGCCGCAUUUGCCCCCCGAAUUUUCUGACCUUAGCGAGAUUGCCAUACGCUCGCGGGCGCCCCAGUUUUGUGCCUUGGGGUCGCCUUGGCCGUUAUUGUACGGCCUUCUGGUCCUUCGAGCCGUGCAGCAAUCGAACUCGUUCUUGUCUGCGUGGAUCACUCCUACCCCUGGAAAUGUCAGUGCGGAUCGCUCAACGCGAAACGAGCGGUACAUUGCCCGAUAUGUGGGCAGCACUGGACCACAGGGACACCUCAUUCGAAUUUGCCGAAGUCCCAAGGGACAGGGCAGCCUCGACAGCAGAGAUGGGUGCAGCAGGUCUCCCGACGGGAUCGAGCCGCCUGCACCACAGGGACCGCCGGCCGUUUUGCCGACGUACCAGGAAGCCCCUUGGCUCAUGGCCCCCCCACCUCCCAUUCCGCCUGCCUCUGCCUCUCAAGAUUACAAUGCUACAGCGGCAUCAGCGGCUGUCAAUGCAGCCGAAGCAAAGCUCAGGUCCAUGUACGCCUUGCUCGAGAAGCAUCCCGAGGGUUUGCACCCGGAUAUCCAGAAGGAGAUGAAGGAUAUGAAGUUGAAAGAAGGGGAGGUAGCAAUCAAAUCGCUACACAAGCAGGUAAAUGCCUUGGGCAAAGCGCGGACAGAGCUGCAAAACGCAAACGCGGCUCGUUUGUCUUUGCACUCCUCAUGGCGGUCCUUCCUGGUAGAGCAGGUUUCCAAAUGGCAGGCCUACUCCCAGCAGUUCCAGCAACAGGAGACGGCUUUAUCGGAGCGAGUCAAUGCAGCACGUGCAGCUUUGGAAACUGCCCGCUCCAGCCUGGCAGUUUCCAAAUCCUUGCUCCAGAAGGACCAGCAACAGGACCAGUCGGACAUCCAGACGGUCAGCGACGACGAAGAGGAGUCGCGCGAGUCAAAGGAGGCGGCAAAUUCGAGCGCCCAGAAGAUUACCGACAGUCUUCAGCAUUUGGGCGAAAGCUUGAAGACGCUGAGUGCCAAUGCAGACGAGAUGAUGCUCGCAGAGCAACAGGCCAACAAGCGCCAGAGGGUAGAGCCGCCUGUUGGUCCGUCUGCCUCCCCCUCAGGGGCUCCGCCUUUUCAAGCGGUGCUCAUUGGUGUUGAUGAUUCAAUUCGUAUGCAUUCGCUCACCGUUCCAGCCGAAGUGCUGGAUAUGGUGCAGAAACCCUGGUCGGAUCGACGUAUCCUGACUGACCAUGUAAAUGAGGAUCCUUUUCAAGUUUAUGAGCUGGUUGCGAAGUCUUCCAUUUCAGACUUGUCUGGCAACACUCCUGUUGGUGAUUGCCCAUGCCUGUUUCCUCCAGGUGCAGCAUCCUUUGUACAGCCCAGUGCGUGUCAACCUGAUUUGACUUAUUGCCAACCCGAUGAUCUUGCAUGCCCUGAUCUCUGUUGUGAUCCGCUGUCGUCCGCGGCCGUGUCGAUCCCAGAGUUUCAGUGUUUUGACUUGCCCCAUCUGACCUUUAGUGUAGGCAUUGCUGCGUGGGCCGCCUCAUCUUUGGAGAGCGGUGUUGAAGCUGGCCGUCGGUCUGGUCUGGUCACCGUGUCGCCUACGUUUGUCCGCCACGACGUGUCCAUGUAUGCAGUUGCUGUGUCCCUUGCACCCACUAUCAGUGGGCAGGACCUUGUCACUGAUGCAGGGAUUCAAGAUGUUUGCAAUGUGCAUGCCUGCUUGAUUUUUCAGGACCAGUUUCAUCUUCCCAUUGACUUUGCGAGGAACUUCGUUGUACAGCCAGGUGCAGGUUUUGUAGUCUAUGUCAGUCUUACUGAUGACGCAGUGCCUGAAGGUGACACCCUACACACCGAGGUUCUCGAUCCAGCGCCUGAGCCUGAGCAGUCCGAAGAUCAAAUGUUGGUUGAUUCUGCUCCGGCCCGGUUACUUGACAUGCAGAGCUUGCCGAGUGAUCCUGCGCCUGAUGUACGGGAGCCGACGCGACGUAUCACCGUCUAUCGGCUCGGCCAAGAUCCAAUCUCCGCCUGGGUUCGACUUGCUCGUUUUUCCACGUUAGUGCAAGACAUUUUGGAAAUUACGGCAUUGCAGCCCAGUGAACUUGUUGCCAUUCAUCGAAUUCAUGCCAAGCCUGUAGGUGAGCUGCAGCAUGAGACUUCUUUUAUAAUUCAGCAUCAAGGGGAUAUUCCUCCCGGUUCUGCCGACCAGCUUGUGCUUUUGGAUGUUGUUUUUCAUCAGCAGGGACCGGCCACGCAUCCACAUGUGCCCGCCGCAUUCGAUCGACGGGUCAUUAAAGUGCCAUCUGCAGUCUCGAGAGCCGGGUUGCUUGAGCUUGCGAGGGUGGCGCAGUACUGCGAGUUUCGGCAUCAGGCUUGCGUGGUCUUGAUUGAUCAUCUUGUGUGGCACUUGCAAGAUCUCGUAGUACGCUUGCUUUCUCAUGGUACAUACGGUCGCCUGCACAUUCCGCCACCCAGCAUUGCAGGAGCUGAGACGUGUCGCACUGUCUCCUUAGUUGAAGAUGUCAUGUGUGCUCAGUCACCAACUUUUGCCCAGGUUUACCCAUCCCUGCCAACCCAUACUGAUUCCAACAUGCGUGCUGAAGACAGUGACAUGCCUCCGCCGCCUCAGUGUUUCAGUGAUGCUUUGGCUGCGGGACAAAGUGGACCCCUGACAAGUCAUCUUGAAGAUCAACAUCAGACUGAUCCUCCAGAGUUUCUUGUUUCGGUUCCCGCUCAGGCGCCACCUGUAUUUCCGAAUGCUCCACAGUGGCAACAAUUUGAACUGCAAUUGCGGCUUUUGUUCGAUGAGCAUAGCCACACGGAUCUCCCUGAGGUCGGCUUCAAUUUCACAGAAGCCGUUUGGAGCCUGUCUCGCAAGGUUCAACUGCCGCCUGAUCAAGACGCCUGGAGAGCUGCUCUGAUUGAGAAGUGGCGUGAUCUUAUUGAUAUCUCGCAUGUUGAGCAGGAAUGCCAGCAACUCAUCGAGUGGUUCUGUCCUGCUGCUGUGCCGGUUGUAGUGCGUUCCCAGGUUGACACUUCGUCCUUGUCUGGAGGUCAGGACUUUGCCCAGCAGGACGUCUUUCCUGCACUUGAUGAGGCCUUUCAGGUUACUGUUGACCCCGCUUGGAAUGAUUGGCUUUGUCACCGUGGCUCUGUCGACCCUAGCAGGCCGCUCAAACUGCAAGUUUGGUUUUCCGACCAUUUGAGAUCGCAAGCCAACCCUGAGCCUGUUCAGUUGUCCGUGCCUGUCCAUGAAGCUCGGAGAAUAAGUGUCUUUUUGCGUCCAUGGAUUCACUUGCUUGACCGGGCCGCUGACGUUCAGAUUGUGCUUGUCAAGUCGCAGUAUGCACACCUUGGGCCAAUUGUUGAUGCGCAUUUAAUUGUCGUACAGCACGCUUUGCCUGAGUUAGCUUCUGUCAUAUUGGCGGUUCAUGAUUCAUCUGACAUCGCAUCCGUGCCCAAUCUUGCGGUCGCGCUUGUUGCUAUGCCCAUUUCCCCGGCGCAUUUGGUUUUUGCACUGCAAGGGCAGCUCUCAGCGGAUUCUGAAGUCUCGGAAAGCCUGUAUGAGUUUUUCUGGGGUGGUGCACCGUUUACUCAUCUUGGACCCCCAGGCAUUUCACAUGGGGAGUGCUUUGAGGUAAUCCCGCGUGUUUGUCAUGACCCCUGGGUUGGCCUUGAUGAUCGCCAUUUCGCCCAAUUGUUGCAAACUGCAAUCCCCAUUUCGACUCGUGAUGCUGUCGAUCGUUCUGGUUCUCCGGUGACGUUGUCGUUACAAGCAGUUCUGCCGGUGUCCCAAACUGCUCAAUCUGGCCCCCAAUUUGAUGAUGCACUGCCGGCCAUGUCCAUCUUCGAACAGACUAACUGGAGACACUGCCUGUUUGAACAGCCUUUGCCAAGGUUGUUGCCUCUUCCGGAAGGAAUGAUCAUACCGCCUGCUACCUAUUGGGCUUUGGUUGAUGACACCCCUUUAGACCCAACUAUACCUUCUUGGGCAGAGUUAUACGUUGAUGGCUCCACUAGCGCCACUGCUGCGGCCUGGGCCAUUGUGGUUGUGCGCACUGACGGCGAAAUCGUUCUUGAAUCGGAGGUGGCUCAAUGGUUUGGUGAUCCUUCUCAGUGCACGGAUUUUUCUGUGCCUCCCGAUCUGCCGGCGCAAGGUUUCGCUGAUGUUUCCUUCGUUGACGACUGUGCUGUCGCCAUUCAUGCUGAAGAUUUGCAUCAGUUGCAGGUUGUGGCUCAGCAAGUUGUUUCUGCCAUGCAUGUUGCCGCGCGCCGCCGUGGCCUGCACCUGAACUACGAUGCUGGGAAAACUGAGAUGCUGUGGCAUGUUCAAGGACGUGGUUCCAAACAGGUUAAGCAGCGGCUCAUGGCCGAGGGCCAGCUUAUCCAGUGGUCUUCGUUUGGGGUCGACUUUGCUUUACGGGUAGUGCAGUCCUACAAGCAUCUCGGGACUUGGCUUCAGAGUGGGGGUUGUUUGCUUAAGGAGAUUCAAACACGUGCGCGUGGCGCCAAGGCUGCCUGGGGCUCCCUGUCCCGGCAGUUCUUUGCGAAAAGUUACAUCUCCACUGCCACGAAAUCAAAAGUCUUCCGAUCCCUUGCCUUGUCUCGUCAUAUGUUUAACGUGCAUACUUGGAGUGCCGUCAAACCCGCUGAGCUGGACAAGUGGGCCAAUUCCAUCCGCCAGCCGUUGUGUUCUCUUGCCAAGACAUUGACCAAAGGCUUCCCCCCGCGUUUGUUUGACGUCGCCACCCUUGGAGGCCUUGUUGGUUUGGAAACUCCUCAGGAUCGUCUUCAUGCCCCGUUGGAUCAGUGGGUCUUGGCAGUACGGACAGACUAUGCAUGGAAAGGCAAGAUCAAGUCUGCCCUUCAGAAGUGUUGUAGGAAGAUUGAAGUCGACGUUGCGGCCCCUGAUCACCUGAUACCUCAGCAUCAUCCUGUGCCUGGUUUCGUGUUCCAAUCAGAGCAGGGCACCUUGGAUGGAGCCGGCCUCUUUCUUCGUGAGGGUUUGCCGGCCUUGAGUAUGAGGUGCUUCGGGCUGGCCGGGGCGGUCGCUGUGCACAUGGAAG